CCGUAGUGAUUUCUUCCUGAGCCGCUGGGAGUAAAGGUCCUAACCUGUUCGUUGCAUGUGCAUGUGUUACUUUGCACCCCUUCAUAUCAUUUCCCGUAGUAUUUUUUUGUCUUAUUGUGUACUUAAAGAUAAGACAUGCUGAAAUGUGUACAGCUUGAACAUGAUACAAUUUAAGUGGAAAAAAUAAAUGUUCUGUAGAUACAGUAGUAGAAACAAAUGAGCAUAGUAAGCACUAAGCAGUAAAAGAGAAACAGAAUUGCUUGCAUGUUUCCAGGGUUCUCAGAGGACAUAGCUGUGAGGGUGAAAGGCUAAAAGCUUUUUAUUUUGAGAGUAUUUACCAGAAGUACAGGUGGGCCAUAAUUGCUGCAUUAACUCUAGUUUGAUACAGUUAUAGUUUAGGACGGUAUACUUUAAUUUCUUUGACCUUUUUUCUAAUUAUAAAUUAUGACUUCUAAAGAGCAAUAUACAUGCAAUUUAAGCCUAUUUGAGUUCUUAUCAGAUUGUUUUAGUUUGGUGUACUAUAUUUAGAAAGUAAAUUCCCAAUUAUGCUAAUGCUUGAUGUGCUGCAGUCCCUCUCUGUGAGCACCAGAGAGCAGUGAAGACUCAUUGAUAUGAAAUGCACUCAGGUACACCUCCACCACGUUGCAUCAAGGCUGGCUAAUGUUAAAGAAGUUGCUAUGACGGGUCGUGAAUAACUACAUAUUUAAUGCUAGCCACCAAAAUGCCAUAAAUAUAGACGAUUUUAAACAACCUGUUGAACACCAGAUAUCAAGAGGUGAACCUAGUUAUCUUUUAUAUAUAAAUAAACUUGGUAAACAACUAAUCUAGGUCACAAUUCCCCUCUUAUAGUAUAAACAACUAUUUGCACCUUUUUCAAAUCCAUUUAUGAAUGAAAGGAGUGUCAUGUCGAAGUGUUUACUUCUGUGCUAGGGACGUCCCACCUCCAUCUCCCUUUGCACCCCAUCCCAUCUCAUUCCUGAGCAGCCGUAUAAAGCCCCAGGACUCCCUCUCUGCUGCAGAGCUGAACGUGUGUCCACUGAACAUCCACAAUGACAGGCAGGAUUAUUCUGUUUCUCUUGUUCCUGGGGUUUCCUCUUUACAAGACAGAGGAGCAUGAUGUCAAUGAGCUGUACACCCUGAUAGAAAAAGGUCAGACCAGCUUUGUGGAUCCGGCUCAGAUCAACCAGACCCGGAUGUUGGUCAAAGAGCCCUCCCUGCCCAUCAAUGAGCUUCUAGAGAAGAGCAGCAAAACCAGCGAGUCCAAAUUCACCCUCCAUCCUCUUCCCUCUGCUGUGUGGCCAAAGUACACUGACCUCGCUCCCAUCCCCCGCCACCACGGCCCCCACAACAAGAGCAAAAAGGGCCCAAAGAGCGACCGUCUGGUGGAGCACAACAGUGAGAAAACCAGAGGAGAAGUUUCUGGUCUGCUUCCCAAAACCCAGCUGACACGAGCUGCUGCUGCUGCUGCUGCUGCCACAAACCGCACUGUACAGAAAACCUCCCAGGACUCCCAGUCCAACACCAACCCUCCCCAGCAGAGCGAAACAGAGGGAAACCCCAACACCAGGCCCAGGGGUCCACCUCACACACCACCCCAGGUUCAGCCGCACCAACCGGCCCCUUCUCCACGCAGAGAUCCCCCCAAUAGACGGCUGGACCAAGAGGAGAACCGGCCAGGGAAGUCCAGCCUCUACCAGUCCGGUAUCGGUGCAUCAGCCCGGAACAACAGCCGCCCACCUGUCGCCUUCAACCGGCGCUCCUCCUCCAGCCUGCUCUACCAUUUUGACAUCCUGAGGCGAGAGUCUGACUUCCCACAUGAUGCCUUCUGCAUGAGCGAGUGCAGGAAGGAGAAGGACGAGAGAGAGUAUUACUGCUACAGUGAGUUUGCUGUGAAUGGGAUAGUUCACGACAUCGAUGUGUUGCGUAAAGGAGUACGCCUCGUAACACUGAUGGUGGGCAGUGAUGGCUUCUACAAAAUGAAUCGUCUCUAUGUGACGCCAGACAGCUUCUUCUUCAAAGUCCGCCUUCUGGUCCUGGACACUUAUAAGUGCAGCAAGCCCUGCCCUGACAUCAAACUAGGGACCCGGUACAUCAUAAUGGGCCAGAUCUACCACCGGAGGCGCCAUCUUCCCAGUGACCUCCUGAACUUACUGGGCAGUAAACUGAAGCCUGGAGACGGCCUCCUGCGAAGCAACAACUACAUCAAGAGGUUCAACAAACGGAAGCACCAGAAAGCUCUGGAGGCCAGCCGCUCCAAGUGUAGGUGAACCAGCGAUGGGACUGUGGCCCCCUGCUGCAGGGGAAGAGACAAUGCAGCUGACCUGAACUGACCAUAACCCACCCCUCAGUAUUGUGCAAGACAGAAGAAGACAUUUUGCGGAAGGCAUGGAUUUAUCUUCAUAGGGAAUUGUUCAUCUUUUUGAAUGCUCUGUUCCUUGGUGUUUUUGAUUAACACGUGUUUAACAAGUCAACACGUGUUUAACAAGUCAACACGUGUUUAACAAAUCAAUACGUGUUCUGGGAGAUACACAGAUCCAGCCUCUGUAUUCUCUUCAUAGCACAUACAAAAAUGCAUUUGUCCAAAUCCAUAUCUAACAAUUGAAAACCCAGAGAGCUGUUACAUGAUCCUGAACAGAAAAGUAUUUCACAUAACAAACAGAUUGGCUUUCCAAAAUAAUGGCAGUAGCUGAGAACAUACUAAUUAAAAUGUUGUAUUUGUAAAUCACAUUGUACAAAUACAACAUUUUAAUCAUGUUGAUUCCUUUGAGAAAUCAAUGAGACUUCUACAGUUCUUAUCAUUGGACAUUUCGUAUUGCACCGAAUAGUAUUGUUUUCUAUCACUCAAUCCCUUGCAUGUUAUCACUGUGGUUGUUAUUGUUAAGCAGGAAAUGCACUAUUAUUGUUAUACGGACCAAAGCGAGGGGAUGAAGGGCCUAAGACAAGCAGCGGCAACUCCCAGAGGAGGAGAAGGAGGAGGAGGGAGAGAGAGAACACAGGACCUUUGCUUGUCAUGAGAGCGGCUUAUUUUUCUUACUUUAAUGAUGUGUCCACGAUGAAAUAUCUGCCUGAGUAGCCUGGGACAUCAAAAGGGGCCUUGCUGAAUGAGGAGGGGUGUGUGGUUGUAGGGACUAAGCCAUAAAUCUAAUCGCAGGAAUCUGAUCCUCUCCGCACCUGGACACAUGACUUGGAAAAGUGCCUCCUUCACAGCUCCUCUUUGGGGUGGCUUUUGUGUUCUUGCUUACACACAAACACGACCUCCUCUGGGAGGGCCAAAGCUCAAAAAGGGGGUAUUUCAAGUAUUUGGGAAGAAUCAGAGAAAGAGAGAGACGAGGGGGGGGAAGGCGGAGGAGAAAAAGAUGGUAGUGUAAAAUGACAAAGUGAAAGGAUGUUGACUUUCUGAAGGGAUAGCUUCUUAUUUAAUCAGAAAACCCUGGCUUGAUUGUAGUACGCCAUGAAAGGGGAAACUUGCACUGAACGCUUAUAUGGCUUUAUUAUACUUAAACCCAAUAAAAAUGUGUAUUUGUUUUGUAUUCAA